CCUCAUCCGUCCGCCCACGGCCCCAUUCCGCAUAUAAUUUCCCUCUCGCUCGACUCUCCCUCAAUCUCUCUCUCUCUCUCUCUCUCUCUCUCUCUAUUUGUUGACACAUAACACAGCGAUUUGCUUCAUCGCCAUUGCUUGCUUUGCUUCUGGGCUCCGAGCUUUCAAUUCGACCAUGGAGGGAGUGGACCACUUGGCUCAUGAGAGGCAGAAGGCGCAGUUCGAUGUGGAGGAGAUGAAGGUCGUCUGGGCGGGCUCCCGCCACGCCUUGGAGCUCUCUGAUCGUAUCUCCCGUCUCGUCGCCAGCGAUCCGGCUUUCCGGAAAGAUAAUAGAACCGUGCUAAGUAGGAAAGAGUUGUUCAAGAAUACUCUGAGAAAAGCUGCCUAUGCGUGGAAACGGAUCAUUGAGCUUCGGCUUACAGAGGAAGAGGCGGCCAGACUGAGGUUUUAUGUGGAUGAACCUGCUUUUACAGAUCUCCAUUGGGGAAUGUUCGUACCAGCCAUUAAGGGACAGGGUACUGAUGAGCAGCAGCAGAAGUGGCUGACUUUGGCGUAUAAGAUGCAAAUAAUUGGGUGUUAUGCACAGACUGAACUCGGUCAUGGCUCCAAUGUCCAGGGUCUUGAGACCACAGCAACUUUUGAUCCAAAGGCAGAUGAAUUCAUCAUUAAUAGUCCGACAUUGACGUCCAGCAAAUGGUGGCCCGGUGGACUGGGUAAAAUUGCCACCCAUGGUGUCAUUUAUGCACGUCUUAUUACUGAUGGCCAGGACCAUGGAGUCCAUGGUUUCAUUGUUCAGCUGCGGAGCCUGGAAGAUCACAUGCCUCUUCCAGGAAUUACCAUUGGUGAUAUUGGAAUGAAAUUUGGAAAUGGAGCUUACAACACCAUGGACAAUGGGGUCCUUAGGUUUGAUAACGUGCGCAUUCCAAGAGACCAAAUGCUGAUGAGGGUUUCACAGGUCACAAGAGAAGGGAAGUAUGUGAUGUCUAAUGUUCCGCGACAGCUGGUCUAUGGUACGAUGGUGUAUGUGCGUCAGACUAUCGUCGUUGAUGCUUCCUGUGCUUUGUCACGGGCAGUUACCAUCGCUACAAGAUACAGCGCUGUUCGUAGACAAUUUGGCUCCCAGGAUGGAGGUCCUGAGACUCAGGUGAUCGAUUACAAAACUCAGCAAAACAGACUCUUCCCUUUGCUGGCUUCGGCUUAUGCCUUCAGAUUUGUUGGUGAAUGGUUGAAAUGGCUCUACACGGAUGUCACACAAAGGUUGCAAGCAAAUGAUUUCUCGACCCUUCCUGAGGCCCAUGCUUGUACUGCAGGCUUGAAAUCAUUGACUACGUCUAUCACAGCUGAUGCCAUUGAAGAGUGUCGAAAACUCUGUGGUGGCCAUGGUUACCUAUGCAGCAGCGGUCUUCCUGAGCUAAUUGCUGUUUAUGUUCCUGCCUGUACAUAUGAAGGAGACAAUGUCGUUCUACUCUUACAGGUUGCGAGGUAUCUCAUGAAGGCUGUUUCCCAGCUCCCAUCUGGGAAAAAGCCUGUUGGAACGACUGCUUAUAUGGGCCGUGUGGAAUAUCUUAUGCAAUGUCGAUCUGAUGUCCAAAGAGCUGAGGAUUGGCUGAAGCCUAAUGUGGUCUUGCAGGCUUUCGAGGCAAGGGCAGCAAGAAUGUCUGUUGCAUGUGCUCAAAAGCUUGCUCAGUUCUCCAAUUCUGAAGAAGGUUUUGCAGAACUGUCGCCUAUCCUUGUCGAGGCUUCACUUGCUCAUUGUCAAUUGAUUGUUGUUUCCAAAUUCAUCGAGAAAUUACAGCAAGACAUACCCGGAAAGGGUGUGAAAGAGCAACUAGAGGCCCUCUGCAGUGUUUAUGCUCUGCAUCUUCUGCACAAACACUCUGGGGACUUCCUUUCCACUGGUACCAUCACGGCCAAGCAGGCUUCCCUUGCUAACGACCAGCUCCUCUCUCUCUAUUCAAAGGUUCGCCCCAAUGCAGUUGCCCUGGUCGAUGCAUUUAACUACACGGACCACUACCUUGGGUCAAUCCUUGGCCGUUACGAUGGUAAUGUGUACCCGAAACUCUACGAGGAAGCUUGGAAAGACCCUCUGAAUGAAUAUGUGGUGCCCGAUGGCUUCCAUGAGUACAUCAGUCCGAUGCUAAAGCAACAGCUUCGUAAUGCGAGACUCUAAGGUCUCUUUCGACUAUGCUCUGCAUAUGCGGUUCCAUGUUUUAAGAAUCAUAACUUUUAUCCUCAGAAAUAUAAUUUUAUGACGUGACAGUCUCUUCAUGAAUAAGGUUAGUUUGUUUUGAAGGAAGGCAGCAGAAUGCCUGAUGAUGACUUCAUGUUAGCAAUUGGGAAUGACAGUUUCUGUUCCAAGUGAACAGUACUAUAGCAUUUGAUUCGUAAAACUCCCCUGGCUAUAUCGAUUCUUUCGUCCCUGUUUUCGAUUU